UCCCACGAACCCCAUGCAUCAGUGAGGCUGUCCGUUUGCGGAUGAUUGAUGAAAAGUCAUGCACGUGUGCAUCCGCAAAAAUACCUACCAUACAGUACAGCGGGAGCCCCAACAAUCCCAACCAUCCUUAAAGCAUUAUUAUAUUGUGCUCUUCUAUUAGCUUCUGUGUAAGAGAUUUGAAAACAUUGGCUCCUAAUCCAAAUUCAGUUGAUUGAUCAUCACGUUUCCCUGUGUAAAUUUGGAACUCAAAAACGUAGCAAGUCUCGCUAUCUGCUCUAGUCCACACUUUAUACCCUCUUUUUACAGGUUUUACUGUACUAUUUUAGUGAUUUAAUCCCCUUUAGCUAAUCCACUAUCUUCGCGAACCUCUUGCUCUCCGCGUUCCUGCAUCCGCUCUGAUGGAGACCGUACGCGCAUCUCCAAUAGAAACACUCAUGCUCCACAGCCCUCUUGCGUACAUUGAGCGAACAUGUUUCCUAGUGGCUAGUGCAGCAUAUAUUUUAUUUCAUUAUCUUCUCGAAGACUAUAGAAGCCCUCCUCGCUUUUGGAAAUCUGACAUUUUCAAGAAAAGACGUCCAAAUUCAUUGGUGUUGGAAUUCCUGAGAUUUAAUAUUAAAACGUGCAUGUGAUUGAUGUCAUGAAAAGAAUCCGUGCUGUACUGCAAUUCACUUGGACUGCUUUGACCAAUAUCAGCUUGAGAGGUACUAGCUGUUGAAGGUGAAUGUGCUGAUGAAUAAAUCGGAUUCAGUGUAUUUCUGGCCGUGUUUUGUUAUUAUGGGGCUGACUUGUGUAGUACCCAUAUUGUUCAUUGUUACUAAAAUAUCUUGCGGAAGCCCUAAAUACGAUAUCACACAUACUCGGUUGUACCAAACUUUGUCGACAACUUGAAUGAGCAUAAACAAAUUAAGUUUGUAGGUGAGGUUACAAUCCAUCUUGUCGUUCGGUUGAAGAAGCCUGUAAAGAGGUUACUCCUCUACAAAUUUUUAUAAUUUCACCUAAAUUUGAAUUUGUUUCGGAAGAUGAACCCAGGUGUAUACAUAUUAUGCAGCUAUUUUCAUCAGCCAUGCUGCUAGCCGUUGGUUUAUCCAUUGUUCGAAAUCUAAUAAAAAAACAAUUAAUAAUUAAUUAAUUGCAUUUGAUUGAUUAUUAUCAUAUAUUUUUUUUUAUUGAAACUGAUCAUUAAUUUUCGAUUUAUUGAUUAUUUAAUUAAUUUAAUAAUGAACUGUAGUUUUCAAUCUAAUCAUUUACCGAUGCAAGAUUAUUUCAUUAGGCUAACUGACGAGCCUGAAUCGAUUAGGAAUUUGAUUGGGAUUUCAGACAUUUUUCUGGAGUAAUACAUAUGGUAAGGAUCUCUUUAUGGCAUUGGAUGUCACCUCGAACACAGUAGGUGUGUCUUUGGAGUUAGAGUUUGUGGAUGUAUUGGAUACAGUGGAAUUAGGAAGUCCAAACUUCGCGGCGGAAGCAUAAGAUUUAGUGGGACUUUUAGGUAUAGUGGAUACAGAGGAUUUAGUCACAAUAUCGUCUCGUUGGUCAAUAAUAUGGCAACCAUGUCGCGGAGCCUGUGGAUUUGGAUUAGCCUGCGAGGAUAUUGGAGUUUUACGAAAUUGACUAUCAUGUAGCGGAGUCAAGGAGUUGGAUUUUUGUUUAGAGGGUAAAGAAAUGGGAAUACUAUAAUUGACAACAUUGUUGUUAUAUGUUGUGCCGUAUUUUAUUCUAUGACCCGCACGGCACUGACGCGAAUCAGGAUUCAGUUUAAAUCAUCGACAACUUCAUCAUUAUUGGUAUCUUCGUAAGAUAUCGGAUCUGCAAAGUUUACGUGGUUAGAACUAUUGUUAGUUCGUGGUUGGAAUGUACGUGGAUUUUGAUUUGUAUUUUGGAAUCUUUAAUUAUUAAAUUCGCGCUUCCGGCAGUUUUCCAAUACGUGCCCUUUAGCUAUACAGUAUCGACAGAAUAGUGGCUGUGCACUGCUUAAAUUUACAUUAUUCGGAGCGCGUUCAUAAGUUGAUGUUGGUUUGUUUUGAUAGCGAUCUCUGAAUUGGUAGUUAGGGCGCGAAUUAUUAUUUUUAUUGGGCGGCCCUUGACUUAGAGGAUUAUUAUAUCUUUUCCGAGAAGCUUCCAUUAUUUUCUCCUCGGAAAUUGCAAAGUUUAUGGCGUCAUUUAAUGUCUCUGGGUCUCGACACCUGACAAUAGUUGAAAUAGUGAAAAUAUAAUCAUAAUUUUGAUUGAAUGCCAGAAUCCAAAUAUUAGCCAUCCAUAUGCUAAUCGUUGAAUACCUUAAGACAGCUGAUGGUAUGAGUUAUCAACUGAAUAAGAGAACCAUUUCUGAUAAAUAUCAGCAUUCACAUUACUGUGAUAAUCUCCUGUUUCCUUUUUUGCCCUAAGAUAAACAAAGCAUCUGGAUUGAAUCCUUGUUCAGAGCAGGCAUGAACAAUCACUAGCAUAUUGCCCUUAGGAAAUAGGUGCUUUACAACCUUUGCUCGUUUUGUCGGACCAUCUUCGUGGCAACGUAUGUGAGCUGUGAAUGUAAGAUAUGAAUGUUAUAAAAAAAAAGUAAAAAAUCAUUUAAUCAUGUAGGUAACAUAAUGUACACUUAUGACUCGUCAGUAAAGAAAUACAUAUUAAUGCUUCUAAUUUUACAUUUGCUGCCAGUUCUCAAAACAAGGGCGUUGAACGGAAGAAAAGAAAAAAUUGUUCCUCAUACCUUUUAUCAAAUGGGGAGCAUCAAAUGAUGGUCUGGUCGUUCACAGUAAAUACGUCGUGACGCCACUCUUUUCCCUUUUAGAGAUUUGCGCCUUUGUGUCAUUUACCAGUUCUGAGACUGGAGCUCUUUUGCUCAUAUUUUUCAGCACUAUCCAAAGGCAUUGACUUUGCACAAUUUAGCAGCCUGUGAUAGUCUGUCUUUGAAAGAUUUCGCUCUCUUACGUAAGCGACAAAUCUCGCUGCGCAGUUAUCGAAGUACGGUAAUUUUUAAUAUUCAACGUGUUAAAAGAAUAAUGAAAGUAAGUGUUUACAAUUAUUUAUUAAGCAUUAUCAUUAUUAAAGUAGGUGUUUACAAUUAUUUAUUAAACGUUAUCACUAUUGUAGGUGCUAUAACCACGUUGCUGGGUGUAUAGGGCUGUGUCCGUAGUUAUGGUAUUCAUUUGUGCGGCAAACAUUACAUCGUUCAGCAAUUUUUAUGUUAGGAUUCUGGUUGUCUCUGUCGCUGUAUAUUCUUACCCACAGCAUCAUAUUCAUCUUCUCGAACAUUAAAUAAGUCAGAAUUUAGUUGGUUAUUUAAAGUAUCCAGUAAGUCAUCCGCAGCCAGUGUAUCUGCGCGUCGUUUACGAUUGGAAGAUGUUGAUGGUUGAGAUGAAAUAAUACACAACAACAUCAGAGUAAGGUGCUUAUGAGUGGCAAGAGAGAAUGGUUUUUUUUUUAAAUUUAAUUGAUAGUGGGCCUACCUCCCCGGCGACUUACGCCCCGGGGCCGAGGAAGCUAUGUUAAAAUAAGCUUUUCAUGAUGUUGUUAUUUAUUGUUAAGUAAGGAAAAUAUUUACAUUGAACGUGGGUUAGGCAGUUGAGGGUUGGUUUUGCUAUGAGAUACAAUUAUUUUGUUUCAACCGCCGUGAUAGAGUCCGCGUCUUAAAAUUAACAAUUUUUUAUAUAUUAAUGAGAGUUUAUUAUAAAAUAGUAUUCAUGAUCCUUUUUUCGUACCUCCUCAAUGUCACGGACUUUUCGAGACAAGUCCUGGUAUUGCGAGGACAGAAAGGAGAUAGAUUUUUCAAUUUCUUGGUUCGUAGCCAAAAUAGCUUUUUCCUGCGUCAAUAAUGUAGCAAACAUAUCCAUCAUUUCCUGCUUAAAGUCCUCAAAAUCUGAUAAUUGCUCGAUACACCGCUUUCGCUUUAUUCGGGAACUAACAAAAUUGAAAUCAAAAUACUGAUUGUAUUAGAUUAGGGUCAGAAUUGCAUUUGUUAGGAGAACGAAUCAUAUUUUCAGUACUGCUGGCUCUGAAAUCACUAAAUUCUUCGUUUGGUCAACUCAAGCGCCACCCAAGUCCAAAUGUUUGCUAGUACCAGGAGUUCAAGAGAAACAAAACAGAAAUAAUAAGCAGAGGUCUAGUUAACUGGUCGCCGAUCGAUGGUUUGGACCGAAAUCGCUUCCGUCCAGUCUAAGGGCUUAUACGUACUAGCGAUUGAUCGCCUAGGCGGUUCGUUUGAGCGGUCCAACCGCUUAACGCGGUUUCAUCGCGGCUGACCGCUAUGGCGGCCAAUCGCGAAAAAACCGCGAUGAUAACGCGUUAAGCGGUUGGACCAGAGCGGCCCGCGUACCUCAUAAACAAAAUGGACGCCGUCGAGAUAGCUUGUGUUAUUUAUUAUUACUCCCGAAAACAACGAAAGAAAAAUAAAAAAAGAUACUGGAUUCAUCCUUUACUAGAAACACGUAAUGAAUUUGGCCAGUUCGCAAGUUGUUUUCAAGAACUGAAGAAGCACCAAGAUAAAUUCUUUGGCUAUGUUAGAAUGAGUGUUUCGUCAUUUGAAGAAUUACUAACAGUUUUAUAUGUCACCAUCAAAGGACAAGAUACUAAAUUUCGUGACUGUAUCCAACCCGAAGAGAAAUUAGUUAUAACGUUAAGAUAUUUUGCAACAGGUUGUACAUUUGCGGAACUACAUUAUACAUUCAAAAUUGGAGUAAGCACUGUAGCAGAAAUCGUACGAGAAGUUUGUUUUGCAAUUUGGUUUUGUCUGAAAGAUAUUUGUUUGCCUCAACCAAAAAAAGACGCUUGGAAAAAAAUUGCGAAUUAUUUUUUUCAAAGAGCUAAUUUUCCUAACUGCUUAGGUGCUGUCGAUGGCAAGCACAUACGAUGUAUAGCACCUAAUAACAGUGGCUCAAUGUGCUUUAAUUAUAAAAGUUUUUUCUCUUUGGUUUUAUUAGCAGUAUGCGACAGUAAUUUCAAAUUUGUUAUGGUUGAUAUUGGAGCUUUUGGUAAAUUCAGUGACUCGUCAUUAUUUCAAAAUUCUGUUUUCUACGAAAGAAUGCAAAAAAACCAAUUGGAUAUUCCAGAGCCACAGCCUAUUUCACAAAACAGCGAGACAUGUAUGCCAUACGUUUUUGUAGGCGACGAGGCAUUUGCAUUAUCUACGAAUAUGAUGCGCCCAUACGCAAAAAAAGAUUUGGAUGAAACUAAAAGAACGUUCAAUUACAGGCUUUCUAGAGCAAGAAGAUAUGUAGAAUGCAGUUUUGGAAUUUAUGCAAACAAGUGGCGUAUAUUUCAUAGACCUCUAAAUGUUCACUUUGAUCUAGCAAAAGAUAUUAUAAAAGCUACUUGUGUACUACAUAAUUUUGUAAGAGACCGAGAUGGUUAUUGUUACGACGACUCACUCAGUUGCACUUUGACAGAAAACUUAACACAGGAAGGGUUAAGAAGGAACGCUAAAACUGCGUUGAGAUACAGAGAAUUGUUUGCCCAAUAUUUUAUGACUGAUGGGAAAUUAGAAUGGCAAAGAAAUAUGAUUUAAUUGAAAAUAGACGUAUUUAUUAUGUUUUAAGAUGUUGAAUGUAUGUGUAGUUUCGUUUAUA